AUGGCUUCUCUCUACCGCCGUCUCCAUGAUGUAUUCACCAAGACCGCCAAACCCCAGGUCCUUACUGCCAUCGCCGAUGUCAAAUCCAAAGUUCCUCAACCCGUCAAAGCCAUCAGUAAACCCGAAUCCUCUAAAGAACAGACAUUUCAGUCGCUGAUUCGUAAAUUCAAGCAAGACUCAAAGAAUCCUAAAUUCCGCCGCAGUUAUCAAAAAUAUGCAUCUUUCGUACGCCGGCUCAUCCAGUCUGAACAGUUCUCAGCUAUCGAAGAUAUCUUCGAACACCAAAAAGUUUACCCAGAAAUAAAAACUGAGCGUUUCGUUGUACGAUUCAUUUCCUUGUAUGGCAAAGCUGGUAUGUUCGAGCAUGCUCAGAAGCUGUUCGACGAAAUGCCCGAAUUAAGCUGUGAGCGUACCGUCAUGUCAUUCAAUGCUCUACUGGGAGCUUGUGUUAAUUCGAAGAAAUAUGAUAAAAUUAGUGAGAUUUUCAGGGAAUUUCCUGGAAAAUUAGCUAUUGAGCCAGAUGUCGUUUCGUAUAAUACGGUGAUCAAGGCCUUCUGUGAGAUGGGUUCACCGCAUUCCGCAGUUCUGCUGAUAGAAGAGAUGGGAAAAAAUGGAAUUGACCCUGAUGUUAUUACUUUCAAUACGUUGCUAGAUGCGUUUUACAAGAAUAAUAAGUUUUCUGAAGCUGAAAAAAUGUGGACUUUGAUGGAAAAGAAGAAUGUUAUUCCGAAUGUUAGGAGUUAUAACUCGCGAUUGCGCUCAUUGGUAGAGAACAGUCAGGUUGUAGAGGCUGAGGAAUUGUUUGAGGAGAUGAAGAAAAGGGGAGUAAACCCUGAUACUCAUAGUCAUAACGCGAUGAUUUCAGCUCGGGCAAAGGAUGGUGAUUUGGAAUUGGCUAAAAGUUGGUAUGCAAAGUUGGAGAAAAAUGGUUGUCUUCCUGAUCUUGUGACAUUCGUGUUACUUAUUCCUCUGGCGUGUGAUAAGGAUGAUCCUGAUUUUGCUUAUAAGUUGUGCAAGGAGUGUAUUGUUUUGAAACAUACUGUUUAUACUAGUAUAAUACAACGGGUUGUUGAUAUGAUGGUUGCUCACUCCAUGAUCGAAGAAGCAAAAGAGCUUGUGAAGAUGGGAAAGAACUGCUCAUUCCAUUAUAAGCUAGCAGUGCCAAAUGAUGCCUAG